CCACUCCACGCGCGGCUCUACCUCCCACUCCCCCCUCUCCUCUCCUCUCCUCUCCUCCACCUCCACUCUCCGCUGUCCACACGCGCCCGCGCGCGCGAGAGGCGAGAGCUCGCUCUCCCAGUCCCAUCCCUGUCGCUCCCCAUGUUCGCCGCUUCCACCUCCUCCACCGGCCUCCCCUUGCCGCGCGCGGGCGGCCUCCUCCUCCUCCCCACCUCCCGCUCCCUCCUCCUCCCGCGCCACCGCCACCGCCUCCGCCUCCGCGAUGUUGGCGCCGCUGCGGCCGCCGGAGGGGGAGUGUCCGGCGGGGGCGGCGGUGCUGCUUCUUCGAGGGAGCCGCCGAGGACGCUGUUCCCGGGCGGGUUCAAGCGGCCGGAGAUCCGGGUCCCGGCGCUCGUCCUCCGCGUCGGCGCCGACGAGGCGCUGGCCUCCGGGGACGCGGUGGUCGCGGCCGUGGCGCGGGGCGUGGGGAUCGUCGUGCUCGAGGCCGGGGAGGAGGGCGGCGGGCGCGUCUACGAGGCCGCGCUCUCGCUCAAGGCGUCGGUCGGGGACCGCGCCUACCUGCUCGUCGCGGAGCGCGUCGACGUCGCCUCGGCGGUCGGUGCCAGCGGCGUCGUGCUGGCUGACGACGGUAUUCCUGCUAUUGUUGCAAGGAGUAUGAUGAUGAAGUCCAACUCGGACUCCAUAUACCUCCCUCUUGUCGCUAGAACCAUACGUUCUGCAGACACUGCAAGAAGCGCCACAAGUUCAGAGGGGGCUGAUUUUCUUAUCAUCGAUACCGGCAGUGAUGAUGCUAUUAAUGUUAUGAAUGGUGUUAGUGGCACUCAGCAUGUGAAGAUCCCCAUUUUUUCCACUUUGAGUGAUUCGCAAAGUGAAGGGUCUUACUCAGAUAACACAUCCAGGUUGCUCCAAUCCGGUGCAUCUGGAAUUGUUAUGUCUUUGGCUGGUAUUCAAGUACUCGCUGAUGAUAUUAUAGAACGGGAUUUUUCAAAAGUGGAUACCGCUGAAAGUGUCCUACAGGCUAAUUACUCUUCAGCUAGUACUUUGGAAGAAGCAGAUAAUGUAAUGGUCCUAACUCGUGAGAAGGCAAAAGUUGCUGGAUUCACAAAACUAGAUGAAAAAGUAAUGCAGCUGAUAUCGAUAGAAAAGCCUAUUCUAAGUGAAGCUGUUGCUGUUAUCCGCAAGGCAGCACCAAUGAUGGAGGAAGUUGAGCUUCUAGUUGAUGCUGCUUCUCGCCUGAGUGAGCCAUUUUUGUUGGUUACUGUGGGUGAAUUUAAUUCGGGAAAAUCAACUUUUAUAAAUGCUCUACUUGGGAGGAAGUAUCUUCAGGAAGGAGUUGUGCCCACAACAAAUGAGAUCAUGUUGCUAUCAUAUUCUGAUGUUGACUCUGAAAGCGCAGAACGAUGUGAGAGGCACCCGGAUGGUCAAUACAUGUGCUAUUUAUCGGCACCCGUAUUGAAGGAAAUGAACCUAGUUGAUACGCCUGGAACAAAUGUUAUUCUCCAAAGGCAGCAACGGCUUACUGAAGAAUAUGUGCCCCGAGCUGACCUAAUACUCUUUGUUCUUUCAUCAGACAGACCAUUGACUGACAGUGAGGUCGGAUUUCUCCAGUAUGUUCAGCAGUGGAAGAAGAAAGUUGUAUUUGUACUAAACAAAUUGGACCUUUAUCGGAACAGUAACGAGCUUGAAGAGGCUACUGCAUUUAUCAAGGAAAAUGCAAGAAAAUUGCUUAACACAGAGGAUGUGACAUUAUUUCCUGUAUCUUCACGCUCUGCUCUGGAGGCCAAGCUUUUGUAUUCAAAAAAUGAUGGAAGAGAGCAUCAUGGGGAAGCUUUGUUUAAUGACCCUAGAUGGAGAAACAGCAAGUUUUAUGAUCUAGAGCAUUACCUAUUGAGCUUCUUGGAUGGAUCAACAGAAAAUGGGAAGGAAAGGGUCCGGCUGAAACUUGAAACGCCAAUUGGAAUUGCAGAUCGUUUGCUAACGUCAUGUCAAAGGCUUGUGAAGCUAGAAUAUGAAAAGGCUAUUGAUGACCUAACAUCCAUCAAGGAUCUUGUUUCUGGUGCAAACAAUUAUGCUGUGAAGAUUGAGGCUGACAGUGAUUCUUGGCAAAGGCAGAUUUCAUCCCUUAUUGCGAGAGCUAAAGGCCGAGCAAUUUCGCUCAUGGAAUCUACACUUCAGUUGUCAAACAUUGACCUUAUUUUUACAUACACCCUUUCAGGGGGGAAAAGCACUCCCACCAAAGUUACAUCAUUUUUUCAAAAUGAUAUUCUGAGCCCUUCCCUUGAUGACGCAGCAAAUUUGCUAAGUGAAUAUUCUACAUGGUUGAGUUCUACCAAUGUCCGUGAAGCAAAUAUAUAUGUGGACUGCUUCCAUGAGAGAUGGGGUGCAUUGGUUGCCCAGGAGCAAAGGAUUCCGCCAGAGAAAAAUGAACUUGUCAAUGAAGAAGAGAAACUCUGUGUAAAGGCACUGGAUGGCUUCAGUGCUAGUGCUGCUGCUAAGGUUUUUGAAGAAGAAAUUCGUGAAGUGGUUCUUUGCAAUAUCAAAUUUUCCUACCCGUCGGAAACUUGCAGUAGAGAAGAUCGGCAAGGCUGCUGAAAAACUUUCUUCUAAAGUUGACGAAGCUAUUCAGCAGGAUAUAUCCCGUAGUGCUAAUCAAUUAGUCCAUUUUGUUGAGACUGUCAGCAAACCUUAUCAAGAUGCAUGUCAGCAAAAGAUAGAUUGGCUGCAGGGUGUUCAGGGUGAGUUGUCCACUGUUGAGCGUAAGCUCCAAACUUUGAAAGUUGAAAUUCAAAAUCUUCAUGAAUCAUGAGGUUUCAAUUCCAUUGAAAUUUUCUUCAUUUAUUUGCACUCAUGCCUUGGAUGGGUGAUAUGCGCUCAUCAAAUUUUGUUAGUUGGUGUUGUAUUAUGGUGGGGCUGUUGAUAGAUAUAUCUGUAAUAUAUGUUGUACCUUCUCAACAAGUGAUACUUAUCACGUAAUCAGGAGCAAUGCAACCACAGGUUCAAUCGAUCA